GUCACUCUCUCAGACUCCCCAACCUCCGCCAUGGCUGCUCUCGCUGCACUACUGCCACAGCCUAUCCAUUCCUCUUCAUUUGAGGCCGAGACUGAGAUAUCCCGUCCCUCCGCGCCCUCCCAAGCACUUACGACCAGGCCCGCAAUUCCACCUUACGGCCAACGACGCGGUUGGAGACCGACAUCCCAAGACGACUUUGCUGAUGGUGGAGCGUACCCGGAGUGUCACGUUGCCCAGUAUCCUUUAGAGCUCGGGAAAAAGAAGACUGCAGCUGGAAAUACGUUGGCGCUUCAAGUCGACAGUGAAGGCAAUGUGCGCUACGAUGCCAUUGCGCACCAGGGUCAACGCGGCGACAAAGUCAUUCAAUCCCAAUUCAAAGACCUCGUCCCCCUUUUCCAUCGAAAGGAUCUGACGGAUGAAGACCGGUCAAUGGAGCGUCCAUCAGAGGAGGAGGUGCAAGCAACAGCGGACAAGACGAAAGAAGCUCUGGAGAAAUUGGUCAACGGGAAGAUCAAAGCCUCGCAACCCAAGCACGUCCCGGAUAGCAUGGCACACACUUCCUUCAUUCGUUACACCCCGGGACAACAGAAUGGCUCGGACGGCCUCAAACAGCGAAUCAUCAAAAUGUCGACCGUAGUCGAGGAUCCCAUGGAGCCCCCGCGGUUCAAGCACAAAAAGAUCCCUCGUGGUCCACCAAGCCCUCCCCCUCCUGUCCUGCGCAGUCCACCCCGGAAAGCCACCCCGCAAGAGCAAAAGGAGUGGAUGAUUCCUCCUUGUAUCUCGAAUUGGAAGAACAACAAGGGUUUCACCAUCCCUUUGGACAAGCGACUGGCAGCGGAUGGCCGUGGUCUCCAAGAUGUCCACAUCAACGACAACUUUGCCAAGUUCUCCGAGGCCCUCUUUGUCGCGGAUCGCCAUGCUCGCGAGGAAGUGCGACAGCGAUCCCUCAUGCAGCAAAAACUUGCACAGAAGGAAAAGGCUGCCAAGGAGGAGAACUUGCGCAUGAUGGCUCAACGUGCAAGGGAAGAGCGGGCUGGUAUCGUCUCCAAGCCUACCGCAGCAACCCAGGCUGCUAUGAAAUCGGCGCUUGGUGGCUACGGCAGUGACAGUGCCAGUGACAGCGAGUCGGAGGACGACAAGGACAAGGACGAUAGUGAAGAUGAGGAGGCUGCGAAGAUCCGUGACGAUAUGCGUCGUGAGAAGCGGAUGGAGCGAGAACGGGAGAUGCGGAUGAACAACAUGGGGACGGAGCAGCGUGCAAAACAACUUGCUCGCCAACAGAACCGAGACAUCUCCGAGAAGGUCGCGUUGGGCCUGGCCAAGCCCACCCUGUCGAAAGAGUCCAUGCUGGACUCACGGUUAUUCAACCAAGAAUCCUUGCCGGGCAACUUUGCGGACGAAGACUCGUACAACCUCUACGACAAGCCAUUGUUCCACGGAUCUACAGCAGCAGCAGCUAUCUACAAGGCUCGUGGCAACAUCGCCGAGGGCAACGAAGAAUCGUUCGGCGGAGGUACCGAUGAAGGAAUUGGCAAGGCACUUUCGACAGACCGUUUCGGGCUUGGGCAGCCUCAAGUUGGAUUCGAAGGUGCCUCGGAGCAGGAAGUUCGAGAAGGACCUGUGCAAUUCGAGAAGGAUAGUGGAGACGUGUUCGGGUUGAAUCAGUUCUUGGAUGAAGCCAAGACUGGUAAGAAACGAGGGCUGGACACCGAAACUGGAGGAUCACGGAAAAGGCAGCAACUCGAUAGGGCGGCUGAGCGAGAGGCUUGAGGGUUGUUGUAGCAGUUAUCUUGUAAGUAUUUUAUCACUCCUGUAUUACGUAGUAACACCUCGCAUACACCUGGGCUCAGUGUCUGGCAUCAACCUGACCAGCGCCUGCUUAUAUCGCGCCGCGGUAUGCAGUGAGUCGAGGAUGCUCAAUUAAAUGAUCUAUAUAGUGUUGCAAUUACUCUUCAUCUUUGUCAGCGUAGACUUUGAGCAGUCCCCGGAAUCUCUCAUCCCAUGCCACCGGCGUCGAAGGUGCUACGACAAGCCAGCCACGAACAUCUCCUCGCCAUCUCUUCUCCUUUUUGAGUCUUUCGUCUCGCAAUUCGACUUCCGUCGGUGGUGGAUUCGAGACCUCUUCUUUGCUGGGUUCCCGGGUCCCGCGAGCCAGCGCCCUCGCGGUGGCCAGCUUGGUCUUGAGGUCAGAGUAGUACUUUUCUCGGUUCUUUUCCGUCUCAGCUGGGAUUUUAGCUAGUGAGGACUUGAGAUGGCUCUCGGAAGCGCGGUCGAAGUCGAGGUCUGAGGUCGCGCCCUCCGACACGGAGGUGAUAUCCGCGAAGCGGACAGUUUCGGCGGGAGGCGCGUUGAAAGGACGCGUGUUGCCCUGGAUGAGUCGAUAGGCGGCCUGUGCACCGUUGCGUACGUCAUGCCGGAGGUUGAACCAGUCCCAGAUCAUCAUGGGGAUAUUGAAGAACCCGAGUCUGUCGACGAAGGGUACCACAAUGAGAGGCGGCACGGGCGGCACAUCGGGAAGAGAUGCGAAUGGAGCGUUUUCGGGCUCCGAGAAGGAUGGGAAUGGAGGGGGCUUGAGAACUCGUUCAGCAGGCGGAGGGGUGCUGUUCUCCUCGAGGCCAACAGCCACAUCCCCUUCAAAAUCGUCAUCGAACGUCCCGUCCUCCGCGAAAUCAUUGGCGAGCGCCUCAUCCGGGUCCAAUUUAGCCAUGGGUUCCGUCCAGCCGCGUUUGAGUCCGGCCAUGAACUCUUUGAACGUCGGUCGUCCGAUGAGCAUGAUCCCGCCCUCCAGCGCAUCUUGACGCGCCUGUACGGGGGUCCGAUACGCAGGAAGCUGUUUGUUGACUUCGGGCUCGGUAUCGAUUCCUGCUUCCAGCCGUCGUCGCGCUUUGAUAUCCUCCGCUACACGCGGCAGCGACAAGAAUGGGCUAGUAAAAAACAAGAGGUUGGCACACGUAACAGAUGAGAAAGGUCCAUGCCGACCUUGACAUACUUGCGGAAGUACUUCAGCGUCUGGUCGUGGUCUUCGUCUCCAGGCCACUUGGCGCCGUACACAACCACCUUCCGCGGGUACGCAAGCGAGCUCUUCGUCUCGUCAGCGAGAUGCUUCACUCUGUCCACGUACUCCUGGCGGAUGACUUUGCACUGUUUCCGGUCGUAGACGUACAGUCCCACGAUGGAGGAUGUCACGGAGAGAAAGAUGAGCCAAUUCCGUGAGGGAAGUUUGGGGCGUUUGUCGAGCCAUGAGGGCGGGAUACCGGUGUAUUUCAGAACCGUCCGUAUGCCCGACGCGGACGUCGAAGAGCUCUCCCCAUUCAUGCAGAGCAGAAAAAAGUGUCGGGAUGUAAAGGAGGAUGGAUCCCUGCCGUGCACCGCCACCUGUCAUCACCCAUCCGGAUGUUUGCGAGCUGUCGUUGGUCCCUGCGAGUGCUCACUGCUGGUGUUCAUGACGAGUCAUGCAAAACGUUCGUAUGACCGCUCGCCCUAGCGGCUUUUUUGCUCUCGGCACGCGCAGAAACUCGAGCAAGGCGGCUAUUAUCAACAUUCCCCAGGCCGACGUGUAUCGUUUUGGAGAUGCAAAUCGUGCGACACCUCUUCUGCGCGCACUCAAUUGGUCUGUGAAGCCAAACGAGAGCUGGGCCGUUGUUGGAAGCGGCUCAGGCGAAAAGUCGCACAUAUUUGAUGUGCUCAUGCGACACCUUAGAAUACACCCGCCACCUCCAUUCCCCGGACUCCUGCCAUUCUUGGGGGACUUCUCUGGCGAUCUGCAAGACGUCGUGUCCACUGUGUCCUUCGCGAACAAGCGUGCAGUUGGCGGUGGGUUCUACGACUACAGCGCGCGGUACGGGUCUGUACGAGAAGAGGACCAGAUUACUCUACGCCAGAGCAUGUUUUCAGACACCACCGACCACCUGAAAGCGCGCAGCCGCAUCUCACUCAAGCUAUCCAAGUCUCCGACAGAGCGCAAUGCGUUGUUCGAACGACUGGGUGAGGACUUGAAACUCAACAAGCUGCUGGAUCUGCCGAGGAUUGCGUUGAGUAACGGACAGACCCGUCGGGCACGUAUUCUCAAGGCGCUUUUGGCUCAACCCCGCCUGUUACUACUCGACGAACCCUUGACGGGCCUCGAUGUUGAUAGUCGCGCGAUUGUCCUCAAUCUCUUCCAGAAACUACACGCGAAAUGUGAUCCGCAUAUCAUUCUGGGCAUGCGAAUACAGGACCCGAUACCUGAAUGGAUCACCCAUCUGCUCUUCGUCAACAAUGGCCAAGUCACUACCGGUCCCAAAAAGGACGUUCUGGAGCAUAUACUGCAGGUCAAGAAUGCCUCAGAGGCUCGUGAACGAAGCGCUUUCGCACCAAUCGAGCUUGGGAACCCCGUCGUGGAGAUGAACAAUGUCUCUGUGUCGUACAGCGCGGGUCAGCGUCAGAUCCUGAAGAACGUCGCCUGGACUAUCCGGCAGGGGCAUCGGUACCACCUCCAGGGCUCGAAUGGCUCCGGGAAGACUACAUUGCUGUCAUUGCUCACAGGAGACCAUCCCCAGUCAUACAUACAAAACGGACCCGAUCGCUACUUGAGAAUGUUCGGAACACCUAGAGCCCGACUCGCGACACCCCACCUCCAGUCGCUCAUCGGCGUCGUGACACCAGAGCUGUUUGAUGCGUUUCCCAGGAGAUCACCUGGCAUGUCCGUUUGGGAAGUCAUCGCAACGGGCUUUGAGGGCGUCUUCGUGUCUCGCGGCGCAGUUGGCUCGGUCGAUCUGAGCGAGGAGCAGACAGGAUGGCGCACCCUUCGAUGUUGGGAAGUCUUGGGUGCUUUGGGGCCUUGUGCCUGGCGAGCCGAGCCACUGCCAGCUUCCGAUGCGCGAGUCAACGAAGAACUGCAAUCAUUCGCCGCUCGCAAGUUCAUCGAACUCCCGGUCGGCGAACAGCGUAUGGCUCUCCUCAUGCGGGCUUUGGUCGGUAAGAAGGAGCUCGUCUUGCUGGACGAAGUGUGGAGUGGAAUGGACCAUCGCAUGAUUGCAGCGGCCAGGAAUUACCUCCGCAACGGGGGCGUCGGACCAGAACAAGCUGUGGUCGUGGUCACUCAUCUCGAAGAGGAGGUCCCGUGGAAUCGCGAGGACGGCGUCAAACGUGCGACUCUCGUCAAUGGCCAGUUGACUGUAGAGAGUUGACGAAUGAUAAUGCUCGACCCGCCACUCUUACGCGUGUCUCUUCCGCACAGUUUACACUGACGCUACCUGAAAUAUACAUGGAGAGUAACUGCGGAGUAUCCCGGGGGUGUGUGGCCAUGGUGGUAGCCCCACGGCCUAUGAUUUACAUUGAACCCGUCGUAGACUAUGUUGGCCGGGUGGCCAAUGCUAGAUAUGGAGCCCAUAUUCGGAUUGAUUAAUUUAAAAGAUUUGGAUUAUCGCUGUCCACACAAAGCAGUUAUGCAAAGAGUAGUUGGCCAAGAGCGAUCGAUCGUGUCGCGUCGCGUGACGUUA